UAAAAUUGCCUUAAAAAAGACAUCGAAAGCAAGGAUGAGGAGCCCGAAAAUAAAAGACCAACAUCAAAAACUGACAGAGCGUUCGUCUAUCCAUAUCCUUGUGCAAGUGUAUUCCAGCCGAGCUCCAGCACCGAUCCCGUCAACUACCGCCGUGACCGGACCAUAGCUGUGUUUACCUACCGGACAUUCGACCAAAAACUGCCCCAUCCAGGAGUAUUACCCAAUCCAGCGGAAACCUCUUCACCCCUUCGUCAAGACGAUUUGGCAUCAAUCAAUCCACCAAUCGAGAUUAAAGGAUGUUUUCGAUACCAGAAUACUUCUAUCUAUUUGUUCUGUCGGUGCUGUUAUAUUUUGGAUAUCUAAUAUACAAAUCAUACCAGCCACCUUUAUCUUCCAAGAACAAAGCUGUAUUCGUUACAGGAUGCGAUACGGGAUUUGGACAUCUUUUCGCUCAACGUAUGGCAGAAAGGAACUAUCGUGUGUUUGCGGGUUGUCUCUUUCCAGAAGGUGACGGAGCCAAUAAAUUAAAAGCAUUUUCUUCAAAGAUUGAAAUCGUUCCACUCGACGUUACCAACGAACAAAGUAUAAAAAGAGCAGCCGAACAUAUAGAAAUCAAUCUUGGAACCGAUGAUGUUUUAUGGGCGAUUGUUAAUAACGCUGGACUCGGACAUGCAGGUGAACUGGAAUGGACUCCGAUGGAAACAAUUUUAAAACUUUUCAACGUUAAUGUAUUUGGAAUGGUUCGUGUAACGCAAGAAUUUCUGCCACUUCUUCGAAAAUCUAAAGGAAGAAUUGUCAAUUUAACAAGCAUGGCUGCAGUCACAAGUAUAAUAUCAAUGGUGCCAUAUUGUAUGAGUAAAUCGGCAGCGUCAACUUUCUCGGAUGGAAUCCGUUUGGAAAUGAGAAAAUGGAAUAUUAAAGUUAUAAAUGUCCAGCCUUAUAUGUACAGCACUAAUUUAACUUCUGAAGACAGCGUUAAAUCCUAUUUCAAUCAAUCGUGGAAGAAUGCCAAUCCAAAAAAUACUUCAGCUCUCGGAGACGAAUAUUUUGAAAAAUAUCUCAAAAAAUGUAAUGAUAUAUCCAAAUUAUUAAAAUGUAAUCGAGUCGAAGAUGUGAUUUGGUGUUUAGAAGACGCAGUCACUUCACCAGCUCCAAAAUUAUAUUAUCGACCGGGAAAUCUUACGAAUAAAAUUUCCUUUACUUUUGUGAGGUUAUUCCCUCCUUCGUUGGAAGAGCUCUUCUACAACUUGGCAAUAAAAUUCAAAUUUUAAUAUUAUCUCAUAUCUCGAAUAAACAAUAUAUUCGGUUCUGUUUUGGUUUUCAAAAAUAAUGUUUUAAGUGAUUAUUAGCAACAUAAAAUAAAAUAU